CGUAGCCAGUCUACUGGGUGCGAUGGCGGCGCCGGUUGCUGGAGGAUUGACGGAGUUUUUAGUUAGUGUGGCAGUGGCUUCAUGGCUUGCGCAAGGUUUACUCAGCGUUAAUGCAGAAAUCGUCUCAGUGUCCAUGUCAGAGGGAGAUUCAGUUACUCUUCUCACCGGUAUUAAAACAAACCAAGAAGACAGAUUUAGAUGGUAUUUUGAUGACACUCGCAUCGCUUACAUCAGUGGAGAUCCCAGUAAGACCUGCACAGAUGUUCAGUGUAAUGAUGGCACUGAGAGAUUCAUAAACAGACUGAAGCUGGAUCAUCAGACUGGAUCUCUGACCAUCAGGAACAUCACAACCACAGACUCUGGACUUUAUACACUGACGAUCAAGACCAGCAGCGAUACAGAGACCUUCAAUGUGUCUGUCCAUGGUGUUUCUGCUGCUGAACGAGAUACGAUGAAGAGAAAGUCAGUGAAGGAGGGAGAAUCUGUUACUCUAGAUCCUGGAGUAAUAAAACAACCAAAUGAUGUGAUCACGUGGUGUUUUAAUGACUCUCUCAUCGCUGAAACCACUGGAGAUCAGACUCACAUCUGUGAAGAUGUUCAGUGUGAUGACAGAUUCAGAGACAGACUGGAGCUGGAUCAUCAGACUGGAUCUCUGACCAUCACAGACACCAGAACCACAGACUCUGGACUUUAUGAAGUGAAGAUCAAAUCCAACACAAUCCACUACAGUACCACCAACACUAACAGCUUCACUCUUUCUGUGACUGUUGUUUCAGGUUCAGGUCUGUCUUCAGCUGUUGUAGCAGGAAUUGGUGUUGGUGUCGUUGUACCUGCUGCUGCUGUGAUUUACUAUUGCCGCAGGAAAACCAGAAAGGAUGAAGGAACCCCUCAUGAUCGGAGAGGAUCAUUUGCAAUGACCGUUUGCAUGCUUGUUUGAGCAUCAGCAGCUGCACACGAUUGCUGAUGGCACCCCUUUCCCAUUUAAUGAUUGGAUAGUUACAGUUUGAGUAAAAAAAAAAGUGCAUUUAUUUAGUUUUUGUGGGUUAGUUAAUGGCUUGUGGUGAAGGCUUUCCUUUAGCGGUUUCAUAUUUAAGCAGCUCUCGAUGAAGUUCAAUGUAUUUGACUAUUAACUUAUAUAACCAUAAUGUAACCACUAGGUGGUGCUAUUUAUCUUCAAAUAAUUGUUUUGCUUUAGAUCAGUGCUUGCCAAACUUAUUGAUUCGGGCUGAUUUUCAUUCGCAGUCCCUGGAUAUAAAAAUUCUUGUAAUGUGUACUGCAUUAAGUUUAGACUUGUUAAAGCACUUAUUGAUUUUCAUUGCUUCCAUUGUUAAGUCACUUUAUAUUUAAAUAUACCAAAUAUACUCUAAAUGCUAGAAAUGUAAGCAUUAUAUUUUGGUAAUCAUUUGCCAGUGUUAUUUUAGUAUCAUUAACACACUGACAGUUAUUAAUUUUCAAUUACAGUUAUUAAUUUUCUCACUGUUUUAUUUCCUGUUUUACUGUUUUGUCAGAGUUUUAGCAAUUUUAUGUCACUUAUCUUUUAAAUGUCUAGAAUCAUACAAUAAUAAUAAAACAAGGUUUAUUAUGCAACUAUUUUAUUAAAAUGUUUUAAAUAGUUUUUACCAUGAUAGAACCUGGACAUCCUUAAGUUUAUACAAUGAUUUUCUGUUUUGAUCACUGGUUAUUGUUUCAGUGCAGGUGAAUUCACUGGUGACGUGAUGCCACUGAUGCAGUGGCAUGCAGAUUGUUUUUCUGUUUUUUUUUAAUUCACUGAAAAUUCUCUGUAGCAAAAAAAAAAAAAAAAUUUAUUCAAUAAUUUCCAAGUGGUAAAUAUUGACAGAUUUAAGCGUUUGACUGAGGCAAACUGCCAUUGCACUAUACUGUUAUUUUGCAUAGAAUACAUUGUUUAACAAUACUUUUGCACACUCAUCCAACUGUAUUUAUUACCAGUGUUCUUAUCUUGCUGUGUUCAUAAUGCACAAACAAUCACUACAUUGCACUCCUAUUUAUAUUCUGUACAUGCUCUGUUCAAUACUUUAUAUAGCAACUCCACUGUACAUUCUGUAUACCAUAACUUUACUUACUCUGCACUUUUAUGUAUAUAAAACACUAUUUUCUUGCACAUCUGGUUAGAUGCUAACUGCAUUUUAUUAGCUUUGUAUUUGUACUCUGCAUA